GAAGCGGAGAUGUCAUCAGCCAGUGCACCGCCACAACCCAAGCCGCUGAACCCCACCAAGACAUCCCUACGCGUGUCCCGCCUCCAGGUCCCAGCCCAACCACUAGCUCCAGCCAACACCAGACGCCUGCACGACAAUCAACAACGCCGUAAACGCAAUUACCACACGUACUCAAAGAUUAUCGCCUACUAGACAAGAUGGCGCCCACAGUCUCCUUAGUCAACAAGCUCAAGGUACAGCUCAAGCUGUCAAUAUCGCGACUGCGCAUGGUCCAGCAAAAAGAUAGCGCCAAAGUAAAACAGCAGAGGAGGGAGAUGGCACAACUGAUCGAGGUCGGCAAAGUACAGUCAGCGCGCAUACGCGUAGAAAACAUAAUCCGGACCGACAUCACUACGGAACUGCACGAGAUCCUCGAACUCUACUGCGAACUCCUCCUCGCGCGCUCCCAACUCCUCGAAUCGCAAGUCUCCUCCUCCAACACCACCUCCGCAUCCACCUCCACCCUCCUCGAUCCAGCGCUAGAAGAAGCCGUCCGCAGCAUAAUAUACGCCGCGCCGCGAACCGAGAUUAAGGAACUACAUACCGUGAGGGCGCUGUUGGUGGAUAAGUUCGGAAAGGAUGUCGCAUUGGCUAGCAUGGAGGGAGAAGGUGUUGCGGAGAGGGUUAUGAAGAAGUUGAAAGUUGAGACACCGAAGGAGGAGCUGGUCGAAGCAUACAUGACGGAAAUUGCGCGAUUCUACGGAGUACCAUACGGCACCGUCAAGAGUGAAGACGAAGACGAAGACGACGACGACGAGCCAUCAGGCGGCGUAGCAGAAAAGGUAGACCUCGAUCUCGAAGACCCCAUAUCCACCGAUGACAGCACGAGCAAAAAGGCAGAAGAAAGGGAAGCGCUGGCGAAAGCAUCAACACCCAAGAAACUUGGUCCGCAAAGUCCGCUGCGAGUUGUUCCACCCAGCCCCAGUACAGAUAAUGUAGCGCCGAGGUUGAAGUUGCCGGGCAGUGCGGCGGCGAAAAUAGCGAAGAGCGAGGCGAAUACGAAGAAGCCGGCUAAGAAAGAGGAUGGGCUGGGCAAGAUUCCGGAUGUGGAUGAGCUUUCUAGACGGUUUGCCGAGUUGAAGAGGUGAUGUUGGUGAGACUGAGGCUUUGGUUGUUUGGCGUGGAAUCGGUGAUUACAUGGUCCACAGUCUUUGAUUUCGACGAUUAGCAUGGUAGGAGUGCGCUGUCCCAACUGCGGAUUCAGCAUGUUG